AUGGCUCCCACACUGGGGCAGCUGCCCUCAGAACUUAUCCUUCUCAUCGCCAAACAUCUCGACGUCCCGUCUACCAAUUUCCUGCUACAGACUUGCCUGCGCUUUAACAGGCUUUUGGGCCCGGUGCUCUACAAACUCGCCCGCCGGUAUCGGAGUGUGCCUGGCGCUGGCACCCCCUUGAUCUGGGCUGUUAAGACCAACCGUCUCAAUGUGAUGGAAAGGUUGCUUUACGGGAAACCAUGGCCAGCUGAUAACGAGAAUGGGACGACGGCUCUGCACGAGGCCGUCUAUGCGCAAAACGAGGACGCCCUUCGUAUGCUGCUCAGGGCUGGAGCCGACGUCUUCGCCCUCAAUGCUAACAGAGAAGCGGCAUUGCACGCGGCCAUCAAGUGCGAAUACGUACUCGCCGCGAGGUUGAUCAUCGGUGUAUACCCGACUGUUAUGCCGUGGGAAAGCUACGCGUGGCACUGGACCGAGACCUUGCUUCAAGCGGCGGCCACAGCAUCCGAGCCGCUGUGCCGGCUCGUCCUGGACUCUAUCAUAAGGGAGUAUCCAGAUCAGGUUCCCGAUCUCCUCAACUCGGCUCUACACACGGCCGCUGGCCCAACCGGUGACCUUGGGAUCAUCCAGCUGCUCUGCGGCUACGGCGCAGACCCGCUGGCCAACGCCCCCGGGGGGACUGCCACUCUGCUGCACACCUUCGCCCAUAACGGCCGGCUGGAGGCGGCGCAAUGGGCACUGGCGCUCGGGAUCGACCCAACAGUCGUCGAUAGCAGGGGCGAGACGGCGUUUUUCGUCGCCGUAGCGCGCGGCCACCUCGCACUCGUCAAGACCUUCCUAGCUGUGGGCAUGGAUCCAGAGCUUCCAUCCAGAGGCGGCAUCACCCCCUUAUGUAAGGCCGCCGCCGGGGGACAUAUGCUGGUGGUUCAAUGCCUCUUGGAUGCCGGAGCAGACAUCCGACGCAGAGACGACAGGGGUUUCAAUGUCGUAGAUUUCGUCACCACCGCACGGGAGGACACGGGAUCGAUGCUUGAAUUCCUCCUUCAACGAGGUGCUGAUCCUAGCCCACCUGCUGGCACUGUCCGUAUGACAGCCCUGCACUCCGCAGCCCGGCUGGGACUCGUCAAGAGGACUGCCCUGCUCUGCUCGGCUUCCCCGGUCGACGUCGUCGAUCAGCGCGGUCGCACCGCGCUCCAUCUCGCCGUUAGAGAGGGCCACGCCGCGACGGUGGAGGUCUUGCUACAGGCUGGCGCCAAUCCAUCUGUUGCAGAUGAAAGACAGAAAACGCCGCUGCACGAGGCAGUGGCUACAAGCUCUACGGAUAUUGUCAAACAACUGCUUCGCCAUGGAGCCUGUGUUCGAGCAGCCGAUCUGCACGGGCAUACCCCAUUGCACCUCGCAGCGAUCCACGGCAACUACGAGACUUGCUUGACCUUGGUCGAGCACUGCCAGCAUAAAGGGAUUGACUUCUCCUCCCAAUGCCUAAACGGAGACACAGUUCUCGCCGAGGCCGUCCGGCACGGACGGACGGCCAUUGUUGUCAUGCUGAUAGAAGCAGGCUUCGACCCAAACGUCCACUGGACUUGGUCGUCUGUCCUGCACCUCGCCGCUGCCCAACGCGAUGCACAAAUGGUUGCCCUGCUCCUUGCGAGCAGGGCCGACCCGUAUUGCCUGGAUCUGUACGGCCGCAGCGCGUUCGACUGGGCCGCGGCGGAUCCUGACACUCUCUCGGCUAUGCUCAUGCAGCGCCCUCGGUUCUCGACGGACUCGAAAAAGCGCGAGAUACGGCUGCGGCAGACGGUCGCUACCUUUGGACGACGGCUGCUGGAAAGCUGCAAGAACGGCCGCGGCCACAGCCACGGGUUUGACUCGUGUAUCGUCGCCAGAGCACUGGUCUACCUAGGAGAAGGAGACGCAGCGCGUCUUUUGUACGCGUAUGAUGGUGAGAUGGGAACGCAAAUCGAGGAGCAUGCGAAACCGGUUUGUACGGGGUGUCAAGAUCGUGUCGAGGGCGGGUCUUGGUUUGUAUGCCUAGCGUGUGCUAGGACGCAGCUGUGCUGGAGCUGUAGAGACCGUUCUUUGCAAGGAGAAGGCCCCGCCAGAGCGUGCCAGAGCCAUGAAUUCUAUGAGAUCCCGCAAGAGACCAUAGAGCUGCCUGGGGAGAAUGAGAUUGGACGGGAUCAGGCGUGGCGAGAGUGGAUGGAGAGACUGGUGUCUGUACAUACGGAGACCUCCGACUCGUAA